AUGUCCGGCCGAGGUAAAGGUGGCAAAGGGCUGGGUAAGGGAGGCGCUAAGCGCCACCGGAAGGUCUUACGGGACAACAUCCAGGGUAUUACGAAGCCCGCUAUUCGCCGUCUGGCUCGCCGUGGUGGUGUGAAGCGCAUCUCUGGCCUCAUCUAUGAGGAGACCCGAGGGGUGCUCAAAGUGUUCCUGGAGAACGUGAUCCGUGAUGCGGUGACUUACACGGAGCACGCCAAGCGCAAGACGGUCACGGCCAUGGAUGUGGUGUAUGCACUGAAACGCCAGGGCCGCACCCUCUACGGCUUCGGCGGCUGA